AUGUUUCGAUUCAGUUGUUUCAGUAACGUCAUCACCUGGUCGUCGAUUCUUCGAUGGUCAGAUCUGGAGGCUAUCGAGCUUAUGAGGGUUGGCGUAACUCUGAGGGUGAUCGAUGAUUCUCAUCGAAAAGUCGGAGGUUCAACCACCAUGGAAGAACAUGACAGUUUGACUUUCACAUCGGCUGUCAGCUGUAUGAACAUAGCGACCACGAAAACAUCGAGAGAAAAAACCGUAGAGUCGCUUUUGUCGCGGACGACAGCAGAUGACGUGCCCUCAAGCAUAGCAAACAACAAGUUCCGACAACGGUAUUUAAAACUUCUGUUCACGCUUGCUGAGCAAGGAGAAAACAAAAUUCGCGAAGACUCUGAGGAAGUAGCGGCGUUUCGGACUAGUCUUCGCGAAACUCGUCACAAACAAGUGAGGUGUGAACACUGA